UUUUAUUUCGAGUUCGUACCCUGCGUAUUGAUGCACAGUUCUUUCCGAAGUACAAAGUGUCCUCCCUGAAAGUGUUCCAUGAAAACUGUAGCUAAGCACGUGUUAAGGACCUGCUUCACAUUUUUCUCCAGAAAAACAGCAAAUGUUCCUGUAGAAGUCCAUCAAUCCAACUCUGAAACAGCAGCACAGAUGGACAAUAUCCAGCAUUUGUCCAGCCCACCCAGUGCAAAUUCGGCUGGAAAUGCAGGCCACCGCCUGGAAGCGGUAAUGAAGAGAGACGACAAUCGUGCUGGAUGGUUUCUGUCUUCCGUAAUUUGCAUCAACAUCCUAAUCUUGGGCUGUGCUUUGGUUAGCGGCAGUGCCUUCAACAGUGUGGCCAUCACUGCCGUGCACUGGCAAAUAUUUGUCAUAAUCCUCCUCCUCCUCACAAUGUUAUGGAUGUUUGAGUAUAUAGCUUUUACCUCACGGAGGGAUGUGGUUUCAUUCAAAGACAGCCAUGCUGGACCUGUGUGGCUCCGAGUUGGACUUCUGGUGUUCGGCCUGCUCAGUCUCCUCAUGGAUAUCUUUAAGAUUGGCAAUUUUGUGGGAUAUCUUCACUGCGAUUCAGCUGUGAAAGUGGCCCUGCCUGUCAUACAGGCGGUAUUUCUUUUUGUUCAGGUAGCUGCAAUUUAAUCGAAUUUGAAGAAUGUGAUAAUUUUUUUGCUACAUGGGCAAAAUUUGGGGAAACAUCUGUUUUAGACAUACUUCCUGUGGAUCCAUGCAAAAGACUGUGUGCAGCAACACACAAUCUUUUCCAGGUAAACCCAUGUGUUUAUCAUCUAAAGUCCAUCCCAGAUGCCUUCAGUCACUCUCUCGUUUGACGUCACUCUUCAGGUGCGGGCUGACGCUCACACUUUCUACCAACCUGGUGGUGUGGAUGGCAGCAGUGACUGAAGAGUCUGUUCAUCACACUGAGAUUCCUCAUCUGGCUGUCAAUGUCUCGCACAAGACACACAGAGCCAGCCAUGGAGACGUGAAGUGUGAAUGCAGUCAUACGCUCUGUGACACCUUCCAAGAGGCUUUCUUCUACCUGUACCCCUUCAACAUAGAGUACAGCCUCUUUGCCUCUGCUAUGACCUAUGUCAUGUGGAAAAAUGUGGGCCGCAUCGUGGAGAGUCACGGCCACCACAAAGCUAAGUUCCGUCUGAAGGACGCUCUUGUUGGAUCCGUUUCUGGAUCACUCCUGGUGAUCGCUGGACUGACGACCUUUAUAUUGUACGAGUUGGACAUAGUAACAGAAGACAAGCAGAAGAGAGAGAAGGUUCUGCUGAUGCAUUUCGUCAUGAAUAUAGUGAUCGUGAGCCUGAUGUCUGUCUGCACCGUGAUUGGCUGCGUUGUUUAUAGGCUGGACCACAGGCAGCACAUAUCGGAGAAGAACCCCAGUCACAGUCUGGAUGUGGGGCUGCUGGUCGGAGCCUCGAUGGGGCAGCUCAUCAUCAGCUACUUCACUAUCGUUGCUGUGGUGGCAACGGGAGCCAAGGGCUACAUGAACGCGCUCAACCUCACGUUGGCUGUCGUAGUGGUGCUGCAGCUGGGGCUGCAGAACUACUUCAUCAUUGAAGGCCUCCAUCGGGAGCCUUUCCACGCGAUACAGGAAGCAGCAUUGCGGACGAACGGCCAGGCCUUCCAAGAACACCCUGAAGUCAACACUGCAGUUGGCCUGAAUUCAUGUUCCAAUAAGCUAAACUGGAAGAGAAAAGUUCUGAAGGAAGUCUGUGCUUUUCUGCUGUUUUCUAAUGUUAUUCUGUGGAUCAUGCCGGCCUUCGGGGCUCGUCCUCAGUUUGACCACCACGUGGAGACGCACUUCUACAAACACACAAUGUGGACCUCCAUUGUGAACAUCGGACUUCCUUUUGGAAUCUUUUAUCGAAUGCACUGCAUCGCCAGUCUCUUUGAGGUGUACUUGAUGUCUUAGCUGGACCAAGUAAUGGGUCUUACUUUCACUUUUGGAGAAUUUUUUCAUUUCAAAUUUUUUAAACUUUUUAA